AUGUCCCAAGAUGAGAACUGGAACUACCAAACACUUCAUAAAUUAGUUGAAAAAGGAGAAGAUAGUCCUAAAUCUUCUAUAGACAUCACCAAACAAGGGAUUAUUUCAAUUAUCCAGCAGGAAAUGCAAAAAGCUCUAGAAACUAUAAACAAGCUCAGGUCAGAAAAAGCCAAGCUUAAAGCGUCUAUAUCUGAGCUUAACUCAAAAAAUGAUGAGCUUUACAAGAAAGCUACAACCUAUAAAGCACGGUACCAAGAAGAAAAUAAAAGAAGAAAACAAGCAGAAAAUAAUGCAAAACACUUACUUCCCUCCUUGGCUAGCAAAAACCAUUCGUAAAAAUUCUACUCCUUUUUAGCUAUCGAUUUUUUUAAAGAGAAAUCUAUCUAUUUUAGACAAUAUUUUACUUCAAAAUUUAAAAUAACCAGAAAAAAUAAACAUCCUUGAUAGCUAUCAAGGAGGGUGAAUUAGAAGACUUAAUUAGAGACCUUACUUCUCAAAAAUCUGAGCUUGAAGAAAAAUUGAAGAAUUUCGAAGGGAUGAACGCAGGAUUUUGGGAUAAUUUAUACAGAUUUAUAUUAAUUGCCUAUUUAUUUUAUAAGGGAUGAGAAAAUUCUGAAAAUUAUUCUAACACCUUAUAAUUAAAACUGAAAAGGAAUGAAGCAAACAGCUAAACAUGAACUCAGAAUCCAUCGUCCAGCAUGCACCGUUAAUUGAAGAGUUAAAUUUAAAUUGCACCAAGCUUAUAAAAAAAAUUUCAUCUUCUUCAUCCACCAAUGCCAAGUUUAAAAAGCGUCUGGAUUUAAAACUUCUUAUCCAGAAUAGCAAAUUCGAUGAAGCCUUAUUAAAGCUGAUUCAGUUCGUUAUUGAUAUUUUGCCGAGCUAUGAAGAAGGAAAGCAGUCUUCUUUAACUCCUCAAAAUAAUUCACGACAAAAGUUUGAGUUUGAUAGAGGGUGUACAUCACCGACGUGCAACGGCCCAAAACGAGAGCAGGAUAUUCUGACAGCUUUGGCUUCUCAGAAUUAUGAAUUGACUAACUCUUCUGCAUAGUAAAAUAUUAUAGCAGCAUGAACUCUUGGAAGUGAUGCUCAGUAUAAUAUAUAGUUAGUGACACUGAAUAUAUAGAUUUCCUCAUAAAUUUUUAUAAUUUAUUUGAUAAUAUAAUAUUUUGGUUUAAUUUCUGAUCGGCUCCCACGAGGCAAAAAUAGGCUUGCACGUGGAAUUUCUGGAUUUUCACGCGUGAAAUCCAUCUUUGGCUCGUGGGAGCCGAUCAGAAAUUUUAGCAACUAAUUAUAAUAUAUAUUAAAGAAAACUAAGUUUGUUUUCUAAAAGGAGUAAGAUAAAUCAGCAACUGUUUCAAAAACUUCUUGUAAAUCCUACGUCUCCAAAUAAUGCAGCAAAAAAAAGAUUGCAUCAUCAUACUAAAUCAGCAAGAGCAUCCCCUGGGCCGAGAGAAGAAACUUAUGGUUCUGACUCAACAGACAAGUAUUACAAUAUUAAAGAAAAUGGUAAAGAUGUUCUUGUGUCUAAAGACUCAAGAGCUGAUUCUGUUUCAGGGAAACACCACAGAAAAAAUAGUGACAUCCCUAGGAGUAAUGCAUAA